AUGGCUCUUUCAUCGGUCCUUAGUGACGCGUUGUCCGUUAUCGCCGAGCCGAGCUCUGACGACCCCAUCCUCCAAUGCGACAACCCUCACCUUCAAGGGCUUCUCUUCAACGACACCGAUAAAGCACUUGAGCUUGCUAACUCAAAAUUACACUCCUUUCCAUUUAAGGAUGUGCACGCCUGCUGGCAUCGUCUCUACACGGACGCGUCUAUCGUCAAGGCCUGCGUCAUCAUCAUCACGAAAUGCGGCCUGAUCUCAAAAGCCAGAUUUGAAACCCAGCAGCUAGUUGUCCCGGAACUUAUUCAAGACAUAAACAAUGCAGCGACUGAGCCGAAGCUCUCUCCCGACGCGCCAUGGCUAUCAGACGUCGUGGCAAUCCUUGAUAACGUCUUGAUCAUGUCUGGAGCCCCCCUCCGCGAGAAGCUGGUCGAAUCCUUGUUAUCCACGCUGCAGGCAGCUACAGAACCACCAAAAUUUGAGUACGACGAGCCUGAUAGUCCGGAAUAUCCUACUGCGAAGCGGAGAAAAUUCUCGCCUCCUCUCUUCCCUCCAAAUGCGAUCCGUAACCCCCAUCUGGACCAUCCUAUCCCGCGUCUAUCGGCACCGUCAUUCGAUUCCAUUGAACACCACAUUCAAAACGUUCGCACCCCACUGGUGAUAGAAGAUGCAAUGGAGCACUGGCCAGCUGUUUCGACGCGUCCAUGGUCUUCGCGGAACUACUGGUGGGACCGCACGUUUGGGGGUCGUAGAUUGGUCCCCAUUGAGGUGGGAAGGUCGUAUACCGACGAGGACUGGGGACAGAAGAUUAUCCCGUUCAAAGAGUUUGUGGACAAGUACAUAUGGCAAGGGAAACUAGCCCCGACUGGGACGCCAGAAACCAAGCCCCAGGUCACCAACCUUGAUGGAGAGACAGCAUACAUGGCACAACAUGACCUACUUACUCAAAUACCCGUCCUGCGCAAUGAUAUCAGUGUACCUGAUUACUGCUAUAUCACUCCGCCGGGCCCAGAUCCAGGAACACCAGUGUAUGAGAAGAAACAGCGAGAGCGCGAGGCGAAAGUUCAAUCACAGGUCCCUGAAACCUCGCAUGACCCCCUGUCGGACGCAGCACCAAAUGGACAUGACAUGGCCGAAAACAAUUCAGAUGCAGGCUCGCUUAUGGGAAUCCCUAGCGACCCGAUUAUCAACACUUGGAUCGGACCAGCGUGGACGAUCUCCCCUCUCCACCACGACCCCCAUCACAAUAUCCUCGCGCAGGUCGUGGGGACCAAGUACGUACGGUUGUACUCGCCGCAUACGCCUGACUCUCAGAUCCACCCACGGGGACAAGAAUGGGUCACGUCUGUUGAUGAGACGGCAGACCCAGAUCCUGUAUCCGGGGCUCUGCCAACGACUCGCAGACAGGUUGACAUGUCCAACACUUCUAAGGUGGACCUGGCUGCUAUCGAGACUUCCCCUGCUGAGUAUGAGCAAUGGGAAGAGAUGUGGCCUGGGUUCAUGGACGCUGAUUAUGUGGAGACUGUUCUCAAGGAAGGCGAGUGUCUCUACAUUCCUGUUGGGUGGUGGCACUAUGUGCGUGGAUUAAGGGCUGGGAUCAGCGUGAAUUUCUGGUGGGGUUGA